UGAGUGGCUCUACAUUGAUUAUAGUCUAUGUAGUUCUAGCCACUGCAAGCUCCUUCUGCAUACUUGUCAGAGCAAUGCUGGCUGCGAUGACUGGUUUCAAGAUGGCUACUGAACUUUUCAAUCAAAUGCAUCGUUGUAUUUUUCGAGCCUCCAUGUCAUUCUUUGAUGCUACACCAAUCGGCCGAAUUUUGAAUAGAGCUUCUACAGACCAAAGUGCCGUGGAUUUGAGAUUGCCAAGUCAAUUUUCAAUUCUUGCUAUCACUGUUGUAAACAUUUUGGGGAUUAUUGGAGUGAUGGGACAGGUUGCUUGGCAGGUCCUUAUUGUCUUCUUCCCUGUCAUUGCUGCAUGCACCUGGUAUCGGCGAUAUUACAUAUCUGCGGCUCGGGAACUCGCAAGAUUAGCUGGAAUAAGCAGAUCGCCUUUGGUGCAGCAUUUUUCUGAAACACUUUCAGGGAUAACAACUAUCAGGAGCUUUGAUCAAGAACCAAGAUUCCGCACCGACAUCAUGAGACUCAACGAUUGUUAUUCUCGGCUGAGGUUCCAUGCCAUUUCUGCUAUGGAGUGGCUCUGCUUCCGUCUUGAUCUCUUAUCCACCGUAGCAUUUGCGCUUUCCCUUGUUAUCUUAGUUUCUAUCCCCGAAGGAGUCAUUAAUCCAAGCUUUGCAGGAUUGGCGGUUACAUAUGCUCUCAAUCUAAAUAGCCUGCAGGCCACUUUAAUAUGGACACUUUGUGAUCUUGAGAAUAAAAUGAUAUCCGUGGAGAGAAUGCUUCAAUACAUAAACAUCCCAAGUGAACCACCUCUUGUGAUUGAAUCAACCCGGCCUGAGAAAUCUUGGCCUUCUCGUGGAGAGAUUAUUAUCUGUAAUCUGCAGGUGCGAUACGGGCUACAUUUGCCUAUGGUGCUACAUGGACUGACAUGCACUUUUCCAGGAGGUCUAAAAACUGGAAUAGUUGGAAGAACAGGAUGUGGCAAAUCCACUCUAAUUCAAACCCUUUUUAGGAUUGUGGAACCUACUGCCGGAGAAAUCAGGAUUGACGGAAUCAACAUCUUGACCAUUGGGCUGCAUGACCUGCGUUCCAGACUAAGUAUCAUACCUCAAGAUCCAACUAUGUUCGAAGGCACGGUUCGUAGUAACUUGGACCCUCUUGAGGAAUACGCUGAUGACCAGAUAUGGGAGGCACUCGACAAGUGUCAACUUGGGGAUGAAAUAAGGAAGAAAGAACUAAAGCUAGAUUCCACUGUUAGCGAGAAUGGACAGAACUGGAGUGUUGGUCAGAGACAACUGGUGUGUCUGGGACGAGUCUUGCUCAAGAGAAGCAAAGUACUGGUUCUUGAUGAAGCCACUGCUUCUGUGGAUACAGCGACUGAUAAACUGAUCCAGGAGACACUGAGACAACAUUUCUCGGACUGUACAGUGAUAACAAUCGCACACAGAAUAUCUUCUGUUAUAGACAGCGAUAUGGUUCUGCUCCUAGACCAAGGGCUUAUAGAAGAACACGACUCACCGGGAAGAUUGCUGGAAGACAGGUCGUCUUCAUUCUCAAAGCUUGUGGCAGAGUACACAGCUAGUUCGGAUUCAAGAUUCAAAAGAAGCUGUUAGGAUUAAAGAUCCAUCCAUAAAAGCUUAGAAUGCAACAUUGUAUCAUUAUAUUAAUAGAUUAAUCAUCCUGCUUUUGUCGUGUUUCUAUAAAAGAAGCGAAAUGUAAUUUGUAAAAUAACAAAAGUUUACUGUUUAUGCAAAAAAAAGAAAGAGAGAUUAGUCACACUACCUUUGUUGUAAUGUGACUUUGUGAUGAGGGAUUAAUUAAUUACACUCUCACUUUACCA